UCGUCGCCGGCGUCGCGCCAGUCCGCGGUCCGACGGCCAUGGCCCAGGCCGCCGCCGUCGUGGUGGGCGAGGUGACCCAGGUGCUGUGCGCUGCCGGGGGCGCCUUGGAGCUGCUGGAGCUGCGGCGCCGCUUGCGGACGAGCGUGGGCGCCGAGGCGCUGGAGCGGCUGCUGCAGGAGCGCGGGCGCUUCGUGGUGGCGGCGCGGGCGAGCGCCGGUGGCGCGGCGGCCGCGGCCCCCGAGCGCGUGGUGCUGGCCGCCUCGUCGCUGCGCCUGUGCCGCGCGCACCACGGCCCCAAGCCCGGCUGCGUGGGGCUCUGCGCGCAGCUGCACCUCUGCAAGUUCAUGGUCUGCGGCGCCUGCAAGUUCCUGAGGGCCGGGAAGAACUGUAGGAAUGGUCACAGCUUGACAACUGAUCACAACCUGAGUGUGCUGAGAUCUCACGGUGUUGACCACCUCACCUAUAGUGAGCUGUGCCAACUCUUGUUUCAGAAUGACCCCUGGCUUUUGCCUGAAAUCUGCCUACAUUACAACAAAGGAGAUGGACCCUUUGGCUCUUGUUCCUUUCAGAAGCAAUGUGUCAAACUCCAUAUCUGCCAGUACUUUUUACAGGGGGAGUGCAAGUUUGGUGAUAGCUGUAAGAGAUCCCAUAAUUUCUGUCAUUUGGAGAAUCUGGAGAAAUUGGAGAAGUUGGGCAUGAGCUCUGACCUGGUGAACAGGCUACCUUCCAUUUACAGAAAUGCAUAUGAUAUCAAAAAUAAGAGCUCAGCCCCCAACAAAGGGCACCCUCUUCCUGCAGGCCCUCAGGGGACUUCUGAAAGAAGAAACAGUUCAGGUUCUGUGUCCCCAAACACUCCUACACAGGAGGAGAGUGAUCAGAUCUGCUUGUACCAUAUUCGGAAAAGUUGUAGCUUUCAAGAUAAGUGCUAUAGAGUUCAUUUCCAUUUGCCAUAUCGAUGGCAGUUCUUGGAUGGAGGCAAAUGGAAGGAUUUGGACAAAAUGGAGCUUAUCGAAGAGGCAUAUAGCAAUCCCAGGAAAGACAGGAUCCUGUGUGCUGAGUCGGCCAGUAGCUUUCACUUUGAUACUCUGAACUUUGACACUAUGAGGUUCGGCACCGCCCAGGCUCGUCGCCUUUCCACAGCCUCCUCAGUCACCAAACCCCCACACUUCAUCCUUACCACUGAAUGGGUUUGGUACUGGAUGGAUGAGUUUGGUUCUUGGCAGGAAUACGGAAGACAAGGCACAGAGCACCCUGUGACCACCAUUAGUAGCAGCGACGUGGAGAAAGCCUACCUGACAUUCUGCGCCUCAGGGACCGAUUCCCAGGCAUCUACCCUGAAGUUCCAGGCUGGAAAACACAACUAUGAAUUAGACUUCAAAGCCUUUAUUCAGAAAAACCUAGUCUUUGGCACCAUCAGAAAAGUUUGCCGCAGACCCAUAUAUGUGUCUUCCCAGGAUGUGAAGACAAAGCAAACCUGCAGUGUGACGUUUCAAGGCCCAAAGAGCAUCCCGGACUACUGGGACCCCUCAGCUCUGCCGGACCCAGGCUUUAAGAGGAUCAUCCUGAGUUCUUCCUCAGAAGAGUAUCAAAAGGUCUGGAACCUCUUCAACCGCACGCUACCUUUCUACUUUGUUCAGAAGAUUGAACGAGUCCAAAACCUGGCCCUGUGGGAAGUCUACCAGUGGCAAAAAGGGCAGAUGCAGAAGCGAAAUGAAGGGAAGGAAGUGGAUGAGAGGCAGCUGUUCCAUGGCACCAGCACCAACUUCGUGGAUGCCAUCUGCCAGCAGAACUUUGACUGGCGGGUCUGUGGUCUUCACGGCACUUCCUUUGGCAAGGGGAGCUACUUUGCCCGAGAUGCCGCAUAUUCUCACCACUACAGCAAAUCUGCCACGCAGACCCACACGAUGUUCCUGGCCCGGGUGCUGGUGGGCGACUUCGUCAGGGGUAAUGCCUCCUUCGUCCGUCCCCCGGCCAAGGGAGGCCAGAGCAAUGCUUUCUAUGACAGCUGCGUGAACAGCAUGUCUGACCCAACCAUCUUCGUGGUCUUCGAGAAGCACCAGGCCUACCCUGAGUACCUCAUCCAGUACUCCAGUUCCUCCAAACCCCCUGCCACUGGCUCCUUCCUUGUUGCCCUGGGCUCCCUAUUUGGCAGCCGGCAGUGAGGGCGGCUGGGGUGCUCCAGGCCAGCUCAUCUCUUUUGGAAGAGCUGUUCAGGAUGUUUUUCUUUUUAAACAAAACUUUUAAUGAACUGUUGUUUAAUGUUGGCUUCUCAAUGAAGUUAAAUUCUUAAUCCCUUGCUGGUAAUAGUUUUCCCUUUUAGGUCAUUUUUGGGCUUGCUCGUGAAUUUGCCAGAAGUGACUGUAGGUGAGCCCAGUUUUACUUUUUAAUAAUGUGUUAAUAUUGUAUUUGUUACUCUGCUGACUUUGCUGCUUAUUGGCAUCAGACACAGAGUUUAUAGACACUGUUUUAUGGAUUUGUUUUAAUUGUUAAGGGUUUCUAUCUCUAUAAUGAUUCCAUUUCUCAGGGUCUCAUGACCUCUGUUUUGCCUUUCAUCAGAGGCACUGUAGCUGUGUGGGGACUAAUGGAGUGUGUGGAGGGACCCAGGACAGGCCUGGUGCAGCUCUGUCAACAUCUGCCUUAUGAUCUGGCACCAGCCCAAGCAGCUCUAUGGCUGUUGCUCCUGGGCUCUGUUGUUGGUUGAGCUGUGUCAUAUUGUCAGAGCAGUGGCUCCUGUGUGGUGUCGAGUCCCUGCUGGUUUUCCUUCGUCUUAGUGGGGUCAGCAGUCAUCCAGAGGAAACAAUAGCCACCCUGGCAGGAGAUGUGGAUGAGUACCCCGACCCCUGGGCCUGGCCUGUAAAUGCCCAUAUCUGUAUCCCGUAAGCACAUUGGACAUCUCCAAGUGUGGGUUUUACGUCCCAAUGAGGUUGAAUACCAGUGCUGCAAAUGUCACAUGAGAGUAUGGAAAUAAAAGACUAUUUAUCUGAAGUGGA